GUUAUACAGAUUUGGAUAUAAAGCGUUUUAUGAAAUAUUUUCUUAGUAACGCGGAAUUAAUGGCCAGAGAAGAUCUAACAGCUUUGGCAAGAAAUGUUACAUUCGUUCCAUCGUCCUCUGGGAAGCUUCAUAAACCAUCUGACAUGUAUUAUUCUCUAAGCAAAGAUUUGAGAGAAUUUUUUCUAGGAGAGGAUCUGUUCCCUUGUGAUGAGUUUGCACAGCCCAAGUUUAUUUCCAAACUGAAGAAAUUGGGACUCAGAGAUGAAACGAAAGUAAAAGAAUAUGAUCUUGUAUCAGCUGCUCAGCGCAUUGAAGAUCUUUUUACACGUGGAGACAAAGAAACAGCUACCAGAAAAGCUGAAGGGCUAUGGGCGUUAUUAUUGAGUCAUGGACAUCAGUUCAAUCUCAGUAGGCUGACGAAGAUACAAUGCAUGCCUUGUCUACAAGAUCAUCAAAAGCCGUCACACUAUCCAAACAGCUUACCACUCCGGUCAGAACCAGCAAUUGUAAAACCCUGUGACAUGGUUAUUUACUCACAUCUGAUAUAUUGUGGAUCCACAAAAUCAGUUAUGAGACACGGAAUGUCCAAGAAUCUUACAGACUUAUUGAAGGUGAGUGAGUUGAUUCUUCAAGAUGUUCUCAUGCACCUACUGAACGUUGUAAGCAGCUACGAUGCUACACAAUCACCCUACUACAAGUCUAUUCUGCACGAAGUAUUUAAGUCGCUGAAAAAUUGCAGAAAUGAGCCAAGUGUCAGUCAGCUUGUAGGAAAGACAGACUGCGUGUUCGUUGAGUCCGAAGGUCGCUUUGCUUGUCCAAAGCAGUUUUGGGUAAAGAAGAGGUCUGAAGACAUAGACUUGAGUCCAUACAGGUUUCCACUGCACAAUGAAAUGUCAGAUGUGAGUGAUCUACUAUUAAAGUGUGGCAGCUCUGAGUGUCAGGACGACAAACUUCUGCAAGAGGUGUUGAACGAGAUUAAAACAAAGCAUGAGACCGGAAGUAUUUCCAAACCUCAAUUCACUAAAGAUAUGCGGCUUGUUAAACAGAUUCUGGAUGUCCUGAAGGAAAGUGACUCAGCAGCAAGUGGCUGGGUUCUUGUUCCAAUCAGCCACGAGCGCCAAGAUCUCCUACAGUUCCGUCAUGCAAAGGAGUGUACAGUCUGGUCAGAUUCGUUAAACUUUACCUUUGCAGUAGAAGGUAAUGAAGAUGAAGAUAUCUUCUUUGUGCACCGUGAGAUUUCUAAGGACACGGCCUUAAGGUUGGGGGUUCUCGAGAUGAAGGAGCGUGCUUUGACAGGCAUAGAGGAUUUGGAUUUUGGUUACGGGCAGCACGAAGACCUGACUGACCGGCUUCACAACCUGCUCAAGGACUCGUACACUGACGGAUUUUCUGUGCCCAAAGAACUGAUCCAGAACGCAGACGAUGCUGGGGCGACGGAGGUAAAAUUUCUCUUGGACGAGCGCGAGAACAGGGAUGCACGGACGAACUUGAUUAGUGAACAGAUGGCUUCCCUACAGGGGCCCGCAUUGUGGGCAUUCAACAACGCCUCGUUUUCUGACGAAGACUUUGAAAAUAUUGUCCGACUAGGAGCCGGUACCAAGAGAGAUGACGUAACAAAAGUGGGAAAGUUUGGGCUUGGAUUCAACUCUGUCUACAACCUGACUGAUGUUCCCAGCUUUAUAAGUCGCCACACACUGGCUUUGUUCGAUCCUCAUGUGAAGUAUCUCAAGGGUCGAGGGCUUAAGCUGGACUUCAGUAAACCAGUCAACCGUGCACUGCUGGUCAGAAUGCCAAAACAGUUCAAACCAUUUCAGGGUGUCUUUGGCUGUGCCCUCCACAAAGAACGUGAAGUACAGUACAACGGCACAUUAUUUAGGUUUCCAUUAAGAACUGAGGAUCAGGCUUCAGAGAGUAAAAUCAAGAAAGAAGCGUAUUCUAAGAGUAAAAGAAGAAAUUUUAUCAAAAUGCUAUUAGAGAGAGUGGGAAAUCUCCUGAUGUUCACACAAAAUGUAAAAACGCUUGAGAUUUAUUAUCUUUCAAGCAAGAGCACCAACCCGGUUGACGCAGAGUGCAUUUUGACCUUGAAACGAAAUUCUCAAAGAACAAUCAUCGCUCCACUCUGCUCUGACAUAGACGAAAGUGUUGUGCAGUUUAUAACUAAAUACUGGCAUCGUGCAAGAGAUGUCAGACUGACUGAAGACAUAAUUGAAGACAUGAGAAUCACAAACAGUGCAAAACUCCACUUUAAUGUGAAUCCCGGUCAAAGUAAAACCCAAUGGAGGAUUAGCUGGGCGUCUGGUGUCAACCAGUCUGCAAAGUUAGCGGAAAUGUAUCAGCACGAAAAGCACAUUCCUCUCGCAGCAGUUGCUGUUUUGUUAAACGACGGACACAUAGCAUCAUUAUCAGAAACUCCGUUUGGUUUCUACAAGUCGGGCCAUCUCUUUUGCUUUCUGCCGUUGCCGGAAGAAAUGGUUCGCUUUGUCCUCCCAGUCCACGUCAAUGGAACCUUCUCUUUGACCUCCAGUCGUCGCAGUCUUCUUGCCAAGACGGAGGACGAUGUGCCCGGUAUGCCUGGCGAUGAAUGGAACAGGGCUUUGUUUGCAGAUGCCGUGUGUCGUGCGUAUGUACUGCUUCUUGAAAGCCUUCACAAAGAAGCUAUGGUGGAUUUGAAUUUUCACCAAUAUUUUCUACUGUUUCCAAAAGCUGAUUGCGAACCAAGCCUGAUGAGACAUUUCUACGCUCAUCUAGUGAAUGAAAAGAAUAAACUGCUUCCUGUGCCACGAUCAAAGUCAUGGGUGUGUUUCGGAGAUGCUAGAUUUAUGGAUCCAGACUUCAGAGUGUCGGAUGUUGGCGAGAUUGCCUGGGAUGCCCUAAACCACUUUUGGGGUCAAAUGGAAGGAGUUCUGGUGCACGUGUCUGCCGACUUUCACCACCAGAUUAUCGCAGCAGGACAAGAAACGUCAAUAAGGGAAAGAACAAUAACUCAAAUAAUGUUUUACAGGGACUUUUUUUUCCCCAAUAUCGAUGACAAAACCUACUGGACAGAUGAAAAUAGAGACAAACUAGUAAUGUACGCCCUGAUGCAUACUGAUCCUGACAUUGGAGAGCUAGUCAAGCAUUCAUGUUGUAUACCUUGUCUCUGCACUAAUGAACUAAAAUCUCCAAAGGACUUAAUUGAUCCACAUGGUGAAGCUGCAAAGCUUUUUUUGGAGUCAGAUGCUCGCUUCCCUCAAAAUGCCAACAAUCUUUAUCCUGACCGCAAAAGAACGAUAAACUUCUGUUCUUCCAAAUGCUUGUCAAGGCUUGUUGAACUUGGGAUGGUAAAAGACGAUUUACCAUGGCAUGUGGUAAUCGAAAGGGCAAAGUCUAUUGGCAGCCUCAUUGCAACAGACGCUGAUAAAGCCUUGAGUCGAGCUUCUGCCUUGAUAGACUACUUAGCACAUCGUAAGGGUUCCUCGCUCAGAAUCGCCAGCUGUCCACCAGAUGUUCUCGCAUCCUUGUCAAACAUAAGCUUUUUGCCCGUUUUACGAAAACCAGAAGACUGGCCUUUUCCAUGGGAAGGUAAUAACACUGACAGUGCAUUAUCCUCUCCACGUGAACUCUUCUCCGAUGUCCUAAAGGAACUGGUAGCUUGCAAGGUUAAGCUCAUUGAUUCUAAAGCAUUUGGAUUGGACAACUCAAGUUCAAAAUUGGAAGUUCUACGGUCUCUUGGAAUAAAGGAUGAAGAAAAGACCGACAAACAAAUGCUUCAUUUAGUCAUAGGCCAGCUUACUUUAAUUUCAGAGCACUGUAUCAGAAACUCCAAAAUCAACAAACAGCUGAUCUUAAAUAUAUGUCAAUGCAUUUACAGAUAUUUUUCAGUCUGUAUUAAUGAGCCAGGCGAAACCUUGAAACAGAUAAUUUGCAGCAGUUUGCCUAAUAUAGCCUCUAUCUGGGUUGGGUCUGGCUUUGUUCCGCCAUCUAAAGUGGCGUUUCAUAACAAAUAUAAUUGUCAGCCGUUUCUGUUUGAGCUUCAGCGUGUAUUCUUACCUUUCAGUCAGUUGUUUAAGGCUUUUGGAGUGAAGAAUGAAUUUGAGACACAGGACAUACUCUUAGUGCUCCAGGAAAUAAACAGGCAGAAUUUUGGAGGUGCACUUUCUGACGGCACUAUAAAUGUGGUUUGUCAGUUAGCAGAACUGUUGCAUGAUGCUGCUAGGAGAACGAGACAGGAUCAUUGUCUGAAGGACGCAAAUGUGUAUUUACCUGACCGCCAUGGUCACAUGCAACACGUUUCAUGUCUGUGUUUGGAUGACUGUGAAUGGGUUAAGGAAUCAGAAACUAUGAAGUUUGUCCACAGAAGGAUUUCUCCCGAAGUCGCUGGAGUCCUGGGAGUGAAAUCAAAACGAGUGCGUGACGUCGAAGAAAUGUUCAGUAGCAUUGCCAUCCCCUUUGGCCAACACGAAGAACUGACGAAUCGAAUAAGACGACUACUAGAGGGCUACACGUGUGACUCGUCUAUAUUUUACGAACUUGUUCAGAACGCAGAUGACGCUGGUGCCACGGAAAUCAAGAUCAUCAAAGAUUUCCGUUCACUUCGCAACGAGAGGGUAUUAUUAGGAUGGGAGAGCCUGCAGGGCCCCGCUCUUUGUGUGUACAACAAUAAGUCGUUCACAGCCGAAGAUAUUAAAGGUAUCCAAAGUCUGGGCAUAGGCAGCAAGCGUGAGGACAUGCUAAAGACAGGCAAAUAUGGCGUCGGCUUCAAUGCUGUGUAUCACAUCACUGACGUUCCGUCCUUUUGGACCCGCGAAGACGAUAAAAACGAUGUCGUCUGCAUCUUUGAUCCCAACUGUGAGUACGCUGCCGGUGCAACUCCAAGCAAUCCCGGUAUGAAGAUAACAGAUGUAAAUCGUCUUCGGGAGAACUACCCAGACAUGUUCGCUGGGUAUCUGGGCAACUGCAUUGACAUGAAGCAGCCAGGAACCUUGUUCAGAUUUCCGUUACGUCACGAGGAGAUGGCAAAGAAGUCUCAAAUCAAGAAAGACAUUGUAAUGAAACAGGACGACAUUGUGGAGCUCACUGAAACGUUCACACAGCAAAUGAGCACGUGUCUUCUGUUUCUUAAUAAUAUUAGAACCAUUGGCGUUUAUGCUGUCAGUGACAAUGACGAAUUGUUGUGUGAAUAUGAAGUGACAAUGACAAUUGAAGAUGAUAUUAACAAGAAACAGAUUGCAGAUUUUCAACGUCAAAUAUCGCAGUCAGCAAAAGACGUUAAAAACAAAACAACUCACAUUAACGGUAUUCAGCCUUUCGAAGUUGUCGUAAAAGCGGACAUUAAUGACUCAAAAGGUUUGUCUGAGGAGUACCUCAUCGUCAACAUGGCUGGUUUCACAGGCAGGGUAACUGUGUCUCGGGAACUGGAUACUGAAUGGCAAAAAGAACACUUCAGAAUCCUUCCUCGUGGAGGAGUAGCAGUUAAACUGAAAAGCAAAGAUCGGAAGAAACAUCUUCAAACAGCAGUUUCAGGAAAACACAUCGCUUUCUGUUUUCUUCCCCUGCCAGUAGAAACAAACCUUCCCGUUCACGUGAAUGGUAACUUUGCUCUCGAUCAUGAAACUCGGCGAGACCUGUGGACAAAGAAAGAUCACGUACAAACUGAAUGGAACACACUGAUAGCUACGGGUGUCAUAGUACCUGCCUACAUCAGAGCCAUUGAAGUCAUUAAGAAACUCUGGUUUGAAGACAUAACAUCAAAAACAAUGAAGAAAGAGCAUGUUUCUAUGCUAAACUUUUAUCAUUGCUUGUUUCCAGAUCCUUCUAAGGCUCCAUCAGAUUUUUGGCGAAUGUUGAUGAAAUUUCUGUACAAGGAACUCAGUGAAAAAGAGUUCCCACUAUUUCCAGUGGUUUUCUCUGACACUACAAAUAUGGAGUGGGUAUCUGCAGUUAGCAGAGAUGCUUUUCCAGGCUACUUCAGCAACCUUGAGUGGUCAUUUAAAAAGCAAUAUACUUCUCUCUCAAUGCCAUCGCUCAGGUUCACGAGUCAGUACGACAUGGCGAGAAAGAGAGCACAAGAACUGACAACUGUGCUGAAGGACAUAAAUAUGAAGAUACUCUAUGCUCCAUAUAAAAUAUUUCAGUAUUUUGUUGAAAGUGGAGUACAAGAAGUAAAGGAAGUCACACCUGAGGAUGUGAUUAUAUUUUUAAAGUCAGCAAAGCACCGGCGAAGUGAUGGAUGUUGCAUCGCUGAUCUUCCUCAACCCGUUUGUGAAACCCGCUUAAAAACAUGCGAAAACAUCAAGGCUCUGCUCGACUACGUUAAAGAUGCGGAAGACUUUCUCAGCAAUGUGGAAGGGCUGCCUUUAUGUCUGCGUCAGUCCAAAGCUGUUUACUUUUUUGAGAGAGAUGAGAGAAAAAACUUGCCAUUUGUUUCAACAUUUUUAGAUUUGCUUCCAGGUUCCGAUGAUAGUUUUGUGCACGAAAGCAUCAUGGGUAUGUUUUUGCCCAUUUCUGAGAUGACAAAAGACCUGCUGAGAGACCUUGACAUUUCUUCGCUGACUUUUAUGUUACCAGCAACGUUGCCGGAAGAACAAUACAAAACUGGGCUUUGCAAUCUCAACGUUGCACAGCCCUUUAAGGGAUGGCUUAAACGCUUCUGGGAUUUCGUUGGAACACAGAUUAAGAGAAAAGACCACGAAGCUGAUUCUGAUUACCGGAGAAGAACUGAUAAAGCAUUAGAGUCACUGGCUCAAUGGACUCUAAUUCCUGCGGUGAGGAGGACUGCUAAUGCUACACAGAGGAUGUUGUAUCCUGUGAAAGACUUACAUUUGGUAGUGUAUCUACAAUCCUCUCCUACCGAAUACCAUCCCAGAAUGUGGCACAUUUUAAAAAACCUGCCAGUUCCUGUUCUUUGUAUGGAAUGUCUUCCUGACAGUAAUAAACAAGUUCUUGUGGACAUUGUAGCUUCAGUUUCUCACCCGUACGCCCUGCUGCACGCUUUGGCUUCUACCUUCGAAAACAUCCGGGUCAGCAUCGAUGAUGCUUAUGAGGUUCUGCAAUAUUUCAGCAAUACUCUGUCUGUGCUACAAGACUACUGUUCCGAGGAAACAAAUAUCCGCGACAGGUUGAAGAGACUUCCUUUCUUUGUUACGGUCCACGGAGAAGCCGUGGCGUUAACACAAGGGCUGAGUGUGUUAAUUCUUUCAGAUGAUAUUCCUUCAAGUGGCCUUAAAGAGUGGUCGAGUUCUCAGGCAAUGAUUUUGUUAAGAGCUAAACGUUUGCCGGGUGAAAUAACAGAGAUUUUGCAUAUGUCACCAUCUUCUCCUGCAGAUUUCUACGCAAAGUUUCUUUUGCCCACAUUAACGGGACUUAGUAAGAGUGACAUUCUCAAACACAUGACAUACAUUAACGAAAAUCUGAGCACUUUCAACAGAUCGGAAAGGGAACAACUCGUUCAGCAGCUCAGAAUUACGACCUUUCUGGAUAAAGACGGUCUUCUUUGUAAGGCAAGCGAUUUCUUAAGCCCCCAUGAACCUGUCUUCCGCGAAUUUUGCAACAGCUCAUCAUUACCGCCGGCUCCGUAUAAUGGCAGGGAAUGGAAAACGUUCAUGGAAGAAUCUGGCAUGGUCUGCAAAGUAAGUCAUGACAAUUUUCUUGAAUUUGCACGUUGUGUUGAAGAGGAUGGGAAGAGACGCAUUUCAAGAAUCGUAGAAAAGCGAUCACAUCUGCUAGUAAAACACUUGUUUUCCAGGGAGGAUCUUCGGGAAGACCGCAUUCUUCAUAAAAUAAAAAGUAUUUGUUUUGUUCUACCUGCGACUUUGGAUGAAAUAUACUAUGGAGCAUUCUUAAAAAUUAUUGCCAAAGCUCCAGAUAUACAUCGUUUAGUUUCCUUCAGUGAAAGCUGUCAGGUACAACAUGCGCAUCUCAUAUGGAGCAGCAGCUUCAUGCUGAAAGAAAGUUUAAACCCAGUGCAUCUUACGUGUCAUCGCAAAGACCAGAAGGAGAUUUUACAGGAGCUACAGUUUGAAGAAAGCGCACCAAUAAGAAAGGUUAUUGAACAUACACGGAACAUAUGCAGUACACUGGCGAGUGAGAAAGGACCUGAAAUAUUUUCUUUUCUUUCACAAAAGAGCGCGGGCUUUUUGACAAAGAUAAUGAUGACCAUAUAUGAGUUUUUCAGUAAAAAUGCGAAAAAAGAGGAUAUCGAGGUGUUGAAGAUGUUGCCAGUAAUCUGUGAUGUCGAGAACGAGAAAAUGAUGCGACCAGAAACCGUUGUCAUUGACCUUCGACCUGAAGAGGCUAUUACAGGGGAAGUUGAGAAAGCCCCUACAAUGUUUGGACAGUUCUUCCCUUUUUUCCAGACACUUGGUGUUGACAUGAAUGUGACAGCAAACAGUUAUGCAAAAGUCCUUUGGCGUCUAAAGGAUAAAACAAAAGAUGAAAGACUGAUUGUUCAGGAACUGAACAUUGUGAAAAAAGCAGUAGAAGGUCUGUUUCGAUGCCUAAAAUCGGAAACAAAAGAAACAAAGAACCUGUCAGUAUCCCACCUCUUUUUGCCUAACCGCAGAAAAGGUCUUGAAACUUCGACUAACUUGAUCUUUGUAGACAAUAAAGUUCUAGGAAAACGAUUUAAAGGAUCAUUGGCAGACGCUCAAUUUUUCCUUGGGUUCAAGUCAUUAGAGAUUAAAGUUUCACGAUCUCUUGAUGAAGUAAAAUUGCUACCAAAUAAAUAUCAAAUGAAGUGUUUUUCUAACAUUGUGAGAGAAAUCAUACCAGAUGAUGUCAAAAGCAGAGCCUUUGAAAGUGAACAGUCCAGGAGAGCAGAAAACAAGCUACGAAACCCUUUUGCUGUUAAAGCUAUUCUUUGGUUUGUGUACAAAAAGCACCAGAAACAAAAUUUUGAUCAGUUUUUAAAGGAAUCAGAAGAACGAAUAACGCAAUGUCUGACACACAUUACAGUCAAGGAGGUAGAGAAUCUGCACACGGUGCUUUACUUCAAUGUCGCAGUUGUAGAAAACAGCCAGCAGGAAAAAUUAUUAUUUAUAGACAAAAGAGAAGACACUUUUAGGUCGUGUACUGUUUAUCUCGACCAAAAAGUUUGUAACGACACGGAGAAGCACAAUGAAGAAGUUUGUAGGUUUUUAUUCUUUGCUAUUCAGUUUGUUCUCAACACUGAUCUUGACAUGUAUUACUUGACGAAAGCGCUGGAAGAUCCUGCUAAAGCUAUGAAAGUUUUUGAAAAAGAUGGUCUGCAUAUUUCUGGUCGUUUAAGCCAUUCAGACUAUUCUGUGUUUCCCACACCAGGAUCCUUCAUACCAGUUGAAGAUCACUGCUUUUUAGACAGUAGCUUCUGCCAGUAUUCUGCUGAGGAGUUCGUCGGUUUUGAGAUGUACGAUCCUCUAAUAAAUGGUAACGAGAAAGGUGAACUGGAGUUAGGCACUAGAGAAUGUGAGGCAAACCCAGUGUACAUCUACGCUGUAGUGAGAGGAAUGGAACACGAGUCGGAACAGAGGAAACUGCCUCCCUUGUCCCGCAAGUACCGGAUCUUCCUUGGUGAUGAAAAAGGAGAAGCGGUAGUGUCGGUGUUGCGAAUCUACAAAUUCGUCAGAAAAGAAAAGACUGCAAACAGCGUUGCUAAGCUAUCGGAUGAAAGUGAAGCUAAUCGGGCAAAGAGUAUGCGACUUGACAUCAAGGCUGUGCUCAGGAAGAUUCGAGAAACUCUGAUAGAAGCUUGGCAGCUACCAGACGAAGCAGACCGCCGAAGAAUAAUAAAGCGAUUGAUUCUCACCUGGCACCCGGACAAAAACAGAGACAACGAGGCCUUCUGUACACGUGUGAUGCAGAUGCUGAAUCACUACAUCGAACGACUAGGAAGAGGCGAGAAGAUUCGCAUAGACGAAGAUGAAGAUGAACAAGAACAUGUUGACAGUCGCUUCUAUAGAACAUCAGCCUCCUCCUCCUCCUUCUCCUCCUCCUCCUCCUUCUCAUCAUCAUCGUCAUCAUCAGCAUAUUCUCAUUUCUUCGAUUUUAUGAAGCAGCGAGCAGAACAACACAGGGAUUACUACCAGUCCAGCAGUUGCAGUUCCACACCAACACCCAACAAACAGACUGGAGAAGGCCGCCGCUGGUUCCGCCAGGCGCAAGCUGACCUCAGGUUCGCCCACACGGCCAGAGACAGCUUCCGGCAAGGACAUAACUGGAUUUGCUACCACUGUCAUCAGGCUGUAGAAAAGGCCAUCAAAGCUGUGUUGUUUAGCAAGGAUGCGAACACUUUUAAAGAAACUUCUCACGAUAUUAAAUCACUUGCCUCCCUGACUGGUGAUUCUGAAGUCAUUGGGUGGGCGAGAGAGAUCGAGGAUAUUGUAGGUCUUCACACUCGAAUGCGCUACCCUGAUGCACUGACAUAUCCCAGCAUCCCUGAUGACGUGUACACCGCAGACCAAGCCAGCCGGGUGUGUAGCAUCGCCUCUAGCAUUGUGCACAGAGUAGAAAGUCUCCUUUAAAUAAAAUUAAUGUUUCGUUUUUUGCUGAAUGAUUUCCCAAUAAUCCAUUAAAUGUCUUUGUUUCAUAUUCAUUUGUGUAAAUAGUCUUUUAACGGAUUUAGUGUGUGCUGACAUACCAUACUUGUCUGUGAACAAGCAAUAGCUUACUACCACAUCCAUACAAACAAUUGUACCGUUGAUUAUGGGGUAUUGGUAAAAGGACUAUUGAAAGACUGAAAUUUCUUUCCUGCGUUCUUGAUGAAAGCAUUUUGACAUUGAUUUAAAAACAUAAAAUGUACACGAUCAGAUGAUGGUAUGUAAAUAUUCAUAAACGCAAAUCUAAUGGUUCUAAGUCCUGGCCAGCGACUAGAACAGUUUGGGCUUCGGUAAGACCAGCAUUUUUUUUAAGCGGGAGGAAAAGCAGUGCAGGAGCUGGUUAUAGACUGAUGUUACUCUCCACAUAUCGCCAUGGUUUUGACUGUGCAUAGAAUGUUGUGUAAAUUUUAAAAAUGAUACUUUCACUGAUUUGUUUCUAAUCUCUGAUUUUGUAAUUGUAAAGGAUUUUUUAGACUUUCGUUUUAUAACUUUUUAAGUAUCCAAACUUAAAGUCAAAGCCAAAAUUAUUUUCAUAUUGUGGUCCAAACAAUAAUUUAAUUUUUUUAAUCUUGAUGAUGAUGAUGAUGUUACAUAUAAGUGAAAUAUAUGUGUAUGUUAUAAUGAAAGUUGUAAUAAAACAUGUCUAUUUAACAGCACAUUUUCAUAAACGAGAUUUGAUUGUAUUUGUUUUAGAGGGUAGAGUUCCGCUUCUGACUGAUACUUGAAAGAUAAAUACUUCCUCAUUGCCUCUAGACUAAGGGGUUUAUUGCUUUGUCAAACGCGAUUUUGUAAAUAUAUUUCUCGUUGUCUAUUAUAUAAAAUGUUAAAUUAAACGUUGUUAAAUGUAUGUGAGCAAACUUAAGAUUUCAAGUAAAUAUUUGAUUGAUAAACACUAUACAUGACUGUGAGUAAGCUUUCUUAAAAACGAAUUAUUUUGUUAAAAGUUUUCUGUUUUUGACGAUUUUCAUUUAUUAAUAACAAAUGAAUUUUUUGUACGUUUUAGACGUUUAAUUUUCUGGCUUUGUCCAUGUCUGUGUAUUUUUUUUUAUUAUUCAGAGAUUUUUUUGUGUGCAUGAAGUUUUCAGAUCUUUCAAGGAAAGUUUUAAAAGUUAUUUAUACAGUAAACUACUCAGUUUUGAUAUUAAUUAUUUGAGUUAAUGUAGCUUACAAAGUAUCGAUCUUACAUGACUGUUUAAAUUGCCCACUGGGACAAAUAAAGUUGAUCAUCAUUAUAAAGAUACGUGCAAGAUAUGAAAGUCGGACGGUAAAGACAUUUAAACUAAUUUACUUGUUUUUGGCUGAUUGCCUUGAGAAGGUCUGUACAUGUGAAGAUCUUCAGACCCUUUACAUUUAUUUGUGUGUUUGUUGUAUGUUGGAUUAGUUAAUUUUUUCAUGACAAUAAAAUUUUCUUUCUAUUCGUCUGUCCAUGUAUCUGCAACGUUUAUUUAUGGUAGUAGUAAUUUUAUAGCCAUUAUAGCCAAGAAUACAUGUACUUGGGGAUGCAGUUAAUGUUCAAACCAAUAACUUUUCCUUGAUACAGUUCCAUGAUGCUCCCAAGUAAACAAUAGUUGCAUGCUGAUGUUAAAUUUCUCUGCUGCUGGAUUCUUUGUUUUAUUUUAUGUUAUUUUCGCAUUAUAUUAUCCUUUGAUCAUCAAGUGUUCCUUAUAAAACAAGAUGGUGGUGUGAUGUCUGUACAGGCGCAUUUAAAUGGACAAUGUCAAGUUUCGUAUCCGUGCGUUACUCAAAGCUUGAAAAUAUUUUAACGACAUUAGUGCGAGACACACAAAAUAAAGCAUUAUAUACUGCAUUACUGUAUCUUUAACAUGUUAUAGUUUGAAAACCACUGAGGGUUACCUUUACAUUAUGCGAUUAUACGAUUUCACAUUUGCUAACCAUGAAUUUUAAGUUCUUGUAAAACGUUUUAUUAGUAUACUAAAUUCAUUAAGAAUCUGCAUUUUAUGUCAUUUUUUGCUUUCUUUAUUGAUUUUCUUAAAUAUAUUUUGGUCAUAUGAGGCCAUGAAAUAGUUUCUGGUUUUCCUAUGAUACCCAGAUGCAUUGUUUGACUGUAAUAUUUCAUAUGUAUUGUUCGAGUCAUUGACACCACGGACGUGUGUAGGUGGACUGAUGUCUGCAGAGACUAACGCUUAGCCUCUUGCGAAGCUCUCCACGGCUAGUCUCGGCGAGCCUAAACAAUGAAUGUGACUAAACCGCAAGCUUUGUACAAACCUGCCAUUUUUUUUGGUAGUUAAUCUGGAAUGUGAAUAAACCGGAAGCUUUGUACAUACCUGUCUCGUUUUAGUAGUUAACUGGACAAAAUCGUCUGCCAGCAGUCUAGUAAUGCAAUUUCAUGAUAGACACUCAUCACAUUAACUUCGGUUGGUGAUUUAUAUAAAACUUUUUUCAUCAGUCUAAUAGUCUCAGAUAUACUUCUGGAUUCUUAAUACAUUCCGCAUAAGCAAAGUUUCCUUCACUAACAUUUUCCUCUCAGAAUGUUAUAUAUUUUUACUCUCUCAUUUUGAAAUUGUUUUCUAGCAAGGUAAUGGAGUUAAAUAUACUUUUCCUGAUCAUUUGAAUAAGAGUUAUUUAAAAGUUAUGAAUCAACAGUUUUCAAGAUAGCAUGAUAACUAGUUCAUUUGCGGGGAUACUUCUCACAAUGACCUAGCUGAGUGUUAUUUGUAUCGUGUGUAAGUGGGACAAUUUCUAGAUGUAGCUUAGGAGAAGACUCAACCGUCGUUGAGUGACGAGUUUGUUUAAAGUCACCUGCAUAAUUUAUACAUGUUUUAUAUAAUUUAUAUAUUUUUUAUAUACUUAGUAGAUUAAAUGUUGUUCUGAUAUUCCUAAGAUAAUUUCUUUUAAUAUAUAACUAUUACAAGUAUUUUUUAAAAUUUUGAUAUUAUAACCAUACCUUAAUCUUGUUUUAAUGCUGGAGAUAUAUUUAAUAAACAUCAUUUCCUCUCAUUGCUAUGGUAAAAUAUUUAUUGAUUGUGUUUUAACUGAAGUAUAUUUUAUCGGUAUGUAACUAUCAUAGUAUAACUAUUAUUAUUAAAGUAAUGACAAACUGCUAUUUUGAUAACUACUAAUAUGUGCUGUAUUUAGCACUGAUAUGUGAUAUACAUAUAUUUACAUGUUAAUAGUCAACAUCCUAUUUGUUUGUGUGUUCCGCAAACAGAAUGUUGAUUAUAUUCCAUUUACCUGCUUUGUUUUAAUGAAGCAGAUGUAUUUAUUGAACACCAUUUUCUUUCAUUGAAGUUGCAGAAUUCAUUUGGAGGAAUUACGUUUUCCUGCCUGGUAUUUUUUAUUGCAUAGUUUUUUUUUAAAAUUUUCUCUAUUUCCUUAUUAUAAAUAGUGUUCUUUGUGACAUUUCUUGUACUUUUCCUUGUAUAAGUUUUAGUUUGCUUAACAUUUUGUAUCUUUUAUAAAUUUAUUUGUCUUUUCAAUUUUUGAAGCUACAGUUUCUUGUUUUAUGAGUAUGUACUGAUUGCUAAUCAAUGAGUUUUUGUCUUCAAACGGUCUUACCCUCACAGAGACCAAACACGCUUUUUUCAUCAGUAUUAGUUUUUAGUUUUAAAUCUAUCCUGCUUUUUUCUCCUUUUUUCCGUUUUCUGCUUGCACAUGCUUGUGUGUGUCCAUUUUCAAAGACUUGUAGUAUUGCAUGAAAUAAAGUUUGCUUUACAGCCUUUCCUCUUGUGACAAUAUCGUGUAUGUAAAUUAGAACAUUAUUUCCAGUUGUCAGUGGUCAUUAAAAGUGCCAAUCUCUGAACAGUGUUUCCUAAUGCAACAUAUCUCAACACAAGACAACUAUCAUAAUAAUGAUAAGCGUUAGUCUUAACAACGGUGGAAGACACGGCAAAAAUACAGUUCUGUUAUGCUCACCUUGUAUCUUAAAGGUAGAAUGUAAAACACACUAUGCUAAAAUUACAAAGUUAGUUAAAGUUACAAUCUGCUCCACUCAUGACCUUGUUCAAACUGGUAAAGCUGUACCCUAAAUUUGAAAUGGAGGUGUUCAUAAGUUUUUUGAAGCUCUGAAAUCUUUGUUUUGUGGUUGGAUCAGGUUAGAGCCACACCACAGUCAUCAAGUUUACAAAAGUAGUCUAAUUAUUGAAGGGCAUAGCUACAUACUAAUAAAAACUGUCAAACUUCAGGCUGGCUAUGAUACCUAUGUGAACUAUUCUCAUUCCCAUUACAUUGCACUCAAACUGUUUGGUUAAUAAAGUUUUUGAAACUUA